GUCCCAACUACUACGACUACUGUCCCAACUACCACGACUACUGCCCCAACUACCACGACCACAAUCCCAACUACAACGACCACAAUUCCAACUACAACAACCACAAUUCCAACUACAACAACCACGAUUCCAACUACAACAACCACGAUUCCAACUACAACAACCAUAAUUCCAACUACAACGACCACAAUUCCAACUACAACGACCACAAUUCCAACUACAACAACCACAAUUCCAACUACAACGACAACAAUUCCAACUACUACGACUACUGCCCCAACUACAACGAUUACAAUUCCUACUACUACAACGACCAUUCCAACUACUACGACUACUGUCCCAACUACUACGACUACAAUUCCAACCACUACAACGACUAUUCCAACAACUACGACUACUGCCCCAACUACUACGACUACAAUUCCUACUACAACAACGACUAUUCCAACCACUACUACUACUGUCCCAACAACUACGACUACAAUUCCUACUACUACAACGACUAUUCCAACCACUACUCCAACAACUACGACUACCGUCCCAACAACUACGACUACAAUUCCAACUACUACGACUACAAUUCCAAUUAUUACGACUACUGUCCCAACAACUACGACUACAACCCGAGCAACUACGACUACUGUCCAAACGACUACGAUUCCAAGCACUACCACUUUGAUUCCAACAACUACAACUACAUCCCGAACUACCAAAGCUUUAAUUCCUACAAUUUCAACCAGUUUCCUAACCACUACUAUCUCGACUACUACAUCAAUAAUUCCAACAUUUGCUGCAACAGUUCCUACUACUACGAUAAACGUAACAAGAAAUCAAAAUAGCUACAAGAUGAAAGGAAAAAAGAAAAAGAAAAGAAAGAGGAAAAAUGAAAAGAAAGGGAAAGGGAAGAAGAAGAAGAGGAGGAAAAGAAAGAAACUGAAGAAAUUGAUAGGAUCUGAGAAAACAUCAGUUCCAACCUCUUCGUCAAACGCACCAGUUGAAAAUAUACAAAGAGGGGAAGUCGAAACGUCAAUUGAAGAAUCUGAAAUGUCAAAUGAUCAAUUUGAAAUGCCGAAUGAGCAACUUGCAAUAUCCAGUGGG